AAACAAACUUUCAGUGCUACCAACAUGCCAACAACUAACAUGGCGUAUUUUCCUAUUCGUCAUUCUUUCCUAGCCGUUUGAUAAUUAUUGCGUGGCUGUUAUGGGAGAAUUGUUUUAUCGUUCUGUUAUUAAUCUUUUUGACACGUUUUCCAAAUUUUAACUUAAAUUACAAUACACAACCAUGAGCGUCGACGCGUAUGGACCGAGCUCCCAAACGCUCACAUUUCUGGAUACUGAAGAAGCGGAUCUUAUAGGAGCUGAUACUCAGGGAUCGGAGUUCGAGUUCACUGAUUUCACCCUCCCUUCUCAGAGCCAAACCCAGGCUUCGCAGCAUGAUCAUGGUCUAACCACUUCCAACCAGGUUAACGGCUUAGGUCGUUUGGAUCUGAGUUCUAAAGUAUCUUCUGUUACGAAUGCGAUAGCAGAGUUGCAAUUUGAGGAAGAGGAUGAAGCGCUGUAUAGCAGCAAGGAACUGCCUGACCAUGCUUGCAAGUACUGCGGUAUCCACGACCCCGCGACUGUAGUUAUGUGCAACAUAUGCAAUAAGUGGUUCUGCAAUGGCCGCGGCAACACCUCCGGCUCGCAUAUCAUCAACCACCUGGUCCGCGCCAAGCAUAAGGAGGCUGCUCUGCACCGCGACGGGCCGCUGGGCGAGACCCUGCUCGAGUGCUACUCGUGUGGUGCGAGAAAUGUCUUCGUUCUUGGCUUUAUACCCGCUAAGGCUGACUCUGUUGUGGUGUUGCUGUGUCGUCAACCGUGCGCGGCGCAGAGCUCCCUCAAGGACAUGAACUGGGACCAGGAGCAGUGGAAGCCGUUGAUUUCGGACCGCGCUUUUCUGUCCUGGCUGGUCAAAGUACCUUCUGAAGCUGAGCAGAUGAGGGCUCGUCAAGUGACCCCGCAGCAGAUCGGGCGUCUGGAAGAGCUGUGGCGCGACAACGUAGACGCCACUUUCCAGGACUUGGAGAAACCUGGCGUGGACGAGGAACCUCACCAGGUGCUGCUCAGAUACGAAGACGGCUACCAAUACCAGAACAUCUUCGGUCCUCUGGUCAAGCUUGAAGCGGACUAUGACAAGAGACUGAAAGAGUCUCAAACUCAAGAGGGCAUCGAGGUUCGUUGGGACGUUGGUCUUAACAAGAAGACUAUUGCCUACUUCACUCUGGCCAAGACCGACAGCGAUAUGAAGCUGAUGCAUGGGGAUGAACUUAGACUGAGAUACGUGGGCGAGCUGCACAAGCCUUGGGCGGGGGUGGGCCACGUGAUCAAGGUGCCGGACAACUUCGGCGACGACGUGGGCCUCGAGCUCAAGGCCGGCGCCGGCGCGCCCGCCGACUGCACCGCCAGCUUCGUCGUCGACUUCAUAUGGAAGAGCACCAGCUUCGACAGGAUGCAACUGGCGCUCCGCAAGUUCGCGCUGGACGAGUCCUCCGUAUCUGGUUACAUCUACCGGCGCCUGCUGGGGCAUGAGGUGGACGAGGUGUUGUUCCGCGUGCACCUGCCCAAGCACUUCAGCGCGCCCAACCUGCCCGACCUCAACCGCUCGCAGGUGUACGCAGUGAAGCACGCGCUGCAGCGCCCCCUGUCCCUGAUCCAGGGUCCGCCCGGCACCGGCAAGACCGUCACGUCCGCCACCAUCGUGUAUCAACUCGUGCGCCAAUCCGGCGGACCCGUGCUAGUGUGCGCACCUUCUAACACGGCAGUGGACCAGCUGACUGAGAAGAUACACCGCACCGGGCUGAAGGUCGUGCGGCUGUGCGCCAAGUCGAGGGAGGCUAUGGAGUCUUCUGUGUCUUUUCUGGCGUUGCAUGAGCAGGCGCGCGCAUUGGGAUCGGCGGACAGCGAGCUGCGCAAGCUGACGCGGCUGAAGGAGGAGGCGGGCGAGCUGUCGGCGGCCGACGAGCGCCGCUACCGCGCGCUGCGCCGCGCCGCCGAGCGCCGCCUGCUCGACGCCGCGGACGUGGUGUGCACCACCUGCGUCGGCGCAGGUGAUCCCCGCGUCGCGCGCAUGCGCUUCCAGUCCAUCCUGAUCGACGAGGGCAUGCAGUCCACGGAACCCGAGUGCAUGGUGCCCGUAGUCCUCGGGGCCAGGCAACUCAUCCUAGUCGGCGACCAUUGCCAGCUCGGACCCGUCGUCAUGUGCAAAAAGGCCGCCAAGGCAGGCCUCAGCCAGAGCCUCUUCGAACGCCUCGUGGUACUAGGCAUCAGACCCUUCCGUCUCGAAGUCCAGUACCGUAUGCAUCCCGAACUAUCCCGCUUCCCAUCCGACUUUUUCUACGAAGGAUCCCUGCAGAAUGGCGUCAGCGCUGAGGAACGUAGACUACAUAAGAUAGACUUCCCCUGGCCGAGACCCGACCGCCCCAUGUUUUUCUACGUCACCCAGGGCCAGGAGGAGAUAGCCGGAUCCGGAACGUCCUAUCUCAAUCGUACGGAGGCGGCUAAUGUUGAAAAGCUGACCACUCGCUUUUUAAAAGCCGGCGUGCGGCCUGAACAGAUCGGUAUUAUAACCCCCUAUGAAGGGCAGAGGUCGUAUCUAGUACAGCAUAUGCAGUAUCAGGGGAGCUUGCACUCUAAAUUGUAUCAGGAGAUAGAAGUUGCCAGCGUCGACGCUUUCCAAGGAAGGGAGAAGGAUAUAAUCAUCAUGUCGUGCGUGCGCUCCAACGAGCAUCAGGGUAUCGGUUUCCUCAGCGAUCCGCGGCGUCUCAACGUGGCUUUGACCCGCGCGAAGUACGGACUGAUCGUCGUCGGCAACCCUAAGGUACUUAGCAAGCAGCCGCUCUGGAAUCAUCUGCUCGCGUUUUACAAGGAGCGCCGCGUACUGACCGAGGGCCCGCUGUCCAACCUGAAGGAAUCAGCGAUUCAGUUCGCGAAGCCGAAGAAGCUGGUGAACGCGCAGAACCCCGGCUCGCACUUCAUGUCGACGUCAAUGUUCGACGCGCGCGAGGCCAUGGUCCCGGGCUCCAUAUACGACCGCGCGAGGCCGCUGCGAGACCCGCUGGCUUACGUCGGCCCGGAGCGCGCCGCCUUGCUGCACGCGCCCGUUCCGCCUGCGGCCUUCCCCAUGCGAGGCCGUUGCGGCCCGUUCCCGCCCGCGGCCCGCGGCCUCGCCGCCCGCCGUCGGCCCCCGCGUCUAUCCCAGGAGCCCCUGUCCCAGCAGCCGCCUCUUUCGCUCUCGCAGGGCGCGUCGCAGCCAGAUUUCAGCCAGGAAUCAGCCGCGCCGGACUGCCCGUCGCAACCGGACGGGCUGCUAUCGCAAGACUCCACGUAUCAGGGCGGGUUCCGGCGACAGUACUGAGCGGCGCGCGCACGCGGAUGAUGCCGACGCGACACGCCGAGGGGGCCGCGGGGAGGCCGAAAGCCGGGAGCGAGGCCGGGGGCCGGCGCC